AUAUAAGUAAGCCUGCUGACAUACACAAUUUGAUGGUGAUGAAAUUCACUUGUGCUUCUUUUCUCACGUCUGGCUGUUGAAUCUAAUUUAUCCUUCAACGACAACGGCGACGACAAGCUGUCUGGCCUGUUGGCUACACCUUCUUCCUCAUCGCUCCCCACGACGACGACCGCCUUUCCUCGAUGACGGCAGUUCAUGGUCUGGAUUACUCAAAGUCUUUCCUCAUGAGUCUCCCAACCGUGCCUGCGCCGGUCACUUGCUCCUCUCCCAUCCCCCUCUUGACCCCUGAGCAGCUCGUCGAGCUUCACCACAACCAUCUCGUGUCUCAUGCCCCAGACAAUGUCCUUUUCCCCUUUCUACACGGCCUUGAAGGCUCUAAUGCUGCUCAGAACAUGUUCUUCUCGUCCAUUGGCGAAGUGCCAAGAUACCGUGGUCUCAUGACCGUCGUCUGCGAGGACGACUUGGACGGGCUUUGCAUGUCGGCGGAUGAGGACACGGAUGAGGACAACGACGACCUUGAUACAUCGUCAGACGAGCUUGAUGAUAUGGAUUUAGAUAUCGACAUAGACGUGGAGAUGUCCAACGGAAUGGACGGCGUUGCUGUGCAUGCUGAGGACGAAGUAAUGGAGAUUGUUGGCAUUGACGUUCCAGAUAAGAAGGAGGAUAAAAGUCAGCCCCAGCAUAUGCAUCCCGUGGUCAUGAAACCUCCGCCUCCUCUCAAGUCGCCUCCCGAUUCUCCCAUAUCAGAUUUGCCAUCACCCCACCGAAGUCAUGGACGCAGGGCGGCGCCUCCUGUCCUGACUUCGACUUUUCGACCUGCGGAGCUUAUCGCGCCCGUCCUGUCAGAAUCAAGUACCGAAGAGUGGCAGUUCCAACCGCUUUGCGUUCCAGAAGGCAUCUCUUUGAGGAACUUCGGCAUUCAAGUUCCAAUCUUAGCCACUCUGUCUGAUGUUGUGAUCUAUUCGCCAAUUCCCGGUGGUGCAAAGAACUCGGAGAACGCCAAAAGGUUAGCGGAACGAUUUAGGUCUGCCAUCGCCCGUAAAAAGGCGGAGAGAGUGGGGAACCUUCGAUUCGAUCAGAAAACGAGACGCGGUCAAGACUCCAAUGAAUCUCCUGCAAACCGCCUCUUAGACUACAAUGUCUUUCUUCUUGACGCCACAGUUGAGGAUUUUACGAACCCGAACUCGGCGCUGACGCAUCUUGUUCGAAGAUGCGAUAGUCAGCGUCGAUGGUUUGAAGAAUGCCCGUCCGAAUCUUCUCCUUUGCAACCCAACACUAUCAACUUCGCUGUCCGUGAGAAAGAAGAAAUGCGAGACCUUACAACAGCAAGCGAGAUACUACGGAUUGGCCCUCGUUCGCGCGCCGACUCUAUACCAGAACACCAUGACGACCAAGAUAAAGCUAAGGCUUCCGUUGAGGUUCAUCCAGCGAGGUUAUUUGGGCAAGUGUUUCUUGGAAAUUCCAAUGAUGUGCCGACACCCAUUGGAGGUGGUGACGGGGAUGAAUACGACGUCGACUAUGGAUUCGGUGUCAGUGAAGACAAGGCGCGCCAUCGCACCAAUCCACCGGGAUACGACAUUUGCAUUGAAUGUCAUGAUCUUGCCCCAUUCCCCAGCCCUGCACAUAUACGAGCGGCCGAAGACAAACUUCAUGGGUUGGAAGCGCGCUGGCGACAGAAGGUACUUCUUGAGCGUAAUGCCUCCAUAGAUGACGAUUCCGAAAUUCCUCCUCGUCCUCCCCCGCAUGCCAAUUCCAUAAUUCACCUUCCAUUUCCAUCGUCGCCUUCUAAUACCGCUUCUAUGAAAGCACUGGUCCGGUUCCUUGACAAAUGGCUCACACCUGUUUCGCCGAAGGACGGAGCAACCAAGGAUAAGGGCAAGAAACCCGGGACGAGAGAAGCCGAUGGCAGGCGUUGGUCCUUGUUGUCAUCUGCACCGUCAUUUCCUCUGCUCCAUCCACCAGCUCUCGCCACCACCUCUGUUUCCAACAAUGUCCGCAUUAGAUCGUUCACAUCACCUCCACCAUCAACAGCACAUAAUGGCUCGACUCCCCUGCAUCAUCCCUCUCGGCCUCUAAAGAUCCUCAUCUAUUCAUCUGAUGGAUAUACCGAAUCAUCUGUCCUCGCUCUAUGCUUGCUCAUAUCACUAAAGAACCUGUCGCUCCCUGAAGCAUAUUUGGAGCUUCAAGUCUCCAAGGAACGGAGCUUCUUCGUCUAUGGAGCAGACCUAGGAAUCUUAAGAAGAUGGGAAAUGGAGGAGCGUGGCAAAGAACGGGAUCGGGGUGUGCGUGGGAUGAAAUACUUCUCUAAUCACCGCGAACACCUAUCCAUUAGUGAGGGCCAUGUGGGCGUUGGUAUGAAUCCAUAUAUCGCCGGAUGGGGAGUUACCGAUCAACGCGAUGCACCAUCUCCGACGGUUGUUCCGUCGCAACGUGGUGCUGUCUCUGCUAGUGUACCCAAUGAUCUCGAUAUCCACGAUUCAAAUGUCAAGCCUGGUCCGGGACGGCGCCCCCGGGCCAGCACAUUGCCUGCCUCCUCACUGCUGGGUUGGGAUCACCAGACUUGGUUUGAUGACCCAAGAUUUGACGGAAGCUUUCCUAGUAGAGUGCUGCCUUUCUUGUAUUUGGGAAAUCUGAACCAUGCCUCGAAUGUUUAUAUGCUUCAUGCGCUCGGUAUAACCCAUGUCGUCUCUGUUGGCGAAUGCGCCCUGAUUCCGCCUCCCCAUGUGCAUCAUCCCGAUGGCGAACAUGUUUUUGAUCCUGAGAAUGGUUAUCCUUUAACCACGCACUUUAUAAAUUCGCCCUCUCAGGUUCCGGGGCAUUUUGUACCAGGAAAAGGUUUCGGAAAGCACGGUUCUCUGUGGAUCGAAGAACGUGCGGGGCGCAUCAAGGUCUUGGACAUUCAAGGUGUAUGUGACGACGGGAUAGACACCCUCGAGCCGCAGUUGGAACCCAUAUGCCAGUGGAUUGAUACUGCUAGGAAAGAAGGUGGUAAAGUGCUAGUACAUUGUCGUGUCGGUGUCUCCCGGAGUGCCACCGUAACCAUCGCCUUUGUGAUGAAGCACCUUCGAAUAUCUCUGGUUGAAGCAUACCUCAUCGUGCGGUCCCGACGUUUAUCCGUACUGAUCCAACCGAACAUGAGAUUGUUGUACAACCUGUGCGGAUGGGAGGUGAAGCUUGCUAAGCAACGCGCGAGUGACGACGGGAACAAGUUGAAGGAAGAGCUUUCCAGGGCACUAUCCUGGCCAUAUCUCACCAGGGAGGUUCAUCGGCUGAAUGAAAAAUACCUUCACUGAACACGUCCGGCUCAUCGUCCCUCUCAUCAUGAUCCAUUCCUUGUCUCUUUACGGUUUCGUGGCGGGUUCUCUUGGCGCUGUAUUUAGCAUCUGUACUUGUAUCAUCACCAAAAUCUGUCGCUUGAACUUCUCUGCCGUUUGUCUUCAUACUUUCUGUCUGUAUACAUAGAGUCCUUGUAGUCUCUUCGCGUCUUCAUUAAUUAUGGUCAGAGGUCGUUGCAUUCACGGGCGACUCGUAUUACUGUCCUCGCCGCGCUGAAUAGUAGUUCUGUAUUGACCCAGUUUGUACAUAAUAUUAAUCUACAGCAUCACCGCACCUAA